AUGGCACCAAUGCUCAAAUUCACUGUGCAAGUCAGCAGACCAGAACUGAUUCGACCAGAGAAACCAACCCCAAGAGAAUUCAAAUAUUUGUCCAACAUUGAUGACCAAAAAGGCCUAAGAAACCACAUACCUUUUGUGCAUUUCUAUCCCCCAAGCACAGCCUCAUCAUAUACUCAUGAUCAAGACCCAGUUGGGAUGAUAAAACAGGCCUUGGCCAGGGCUCUUGUUUACUACUACCCCGUGGCCGGGCGGCUCCGGCAUGCUGAUAAGGGCAAGCUCGUUGUGGACUGUUGUGGUGAGGGAGUGAUUUUUCGUGAAGGCAAUGCUGAUAUCAAAUUGGCACAACUGCGUGAAGCUGAUGGUGGACUGAAGCCACCAUUUCCUCAAUGGGAGAGUUUGCUUGUGGAUGAUUUGUGGGGAAGUGUUCUUAUCACUGAUUCACCUUUGCUUCGCAUGCAGGUCACAAGACUUGCAUGUGGAGGCUUUGUCUUGGCAUACACAUUGAACCACUGCAUCUGUGAUGCCUAUGGCGCCUACAUCUUGAUAAAAGCCAUUUCAGAAUUCUGCUUAAACCCAACUCAAGCAGCUCCUUCAUUGUUACCAGCUUGGAGAAGACAAGCCCUCCACCCAAGGUCACCUCCCACCAUCUCCUACCCCCACCAUGAAUAUGACGUCACAUCAUCAUCCCAUCAUGAUCCUGAAGAUCCUACCGCUGCCUACACCGAAACUGACUUCAAGUCUCUUGCUCAAACUUCAGUCUUCCUCUCUCAGGCCGACAUAUCAUCUCUGAAGAACCAAACUUACUCCCAGAAAAGCCCCGCCUUCCAUGCAAUAGCGGGGUGUCUGUGGAGGGCAAGGACUAGAACCCUAAUGAGCCCUCAGUCCACCACGAGGCUUCUCUUCAGUUGUUGGGCACAAAAAUGA